ACCAAUCCGCGUAUUGAAAGUACUCACGUUUGACAGCACAGGAGUGGACUUGUGUUCUUAAAGAGGAGAGUUGUCACUUUUACAGCCUUUGCAUCCUGUUUUAUAAAUUGUUUAGUUGAAUUACUUUCCCUAAGGCAUAUUAUUGUCAAUCAUGGCUGUCUACAAAUUAGUGUUGAUUCGCCACGGAGAGAGCAACUGGAACCAGGAGAAUCGCUUCUGCGGCUGGUUCGAUGCAGAUCUGAGUGAAACCGGGGAGAAGGAGGCGAAGAGAGGAGGACAGGCCUUGAAAGAUGCUAGCUUUGAGUUUGACAUUUGCUACACCUCCGUUCUGAAGAGGGCCACCAGAACACUGUGGUUGGUCCUGGAUGCCAUUGACCAGAUGUGGGUGCCGGUGCACCGGACCUGGCGGCUCAAUGAGCGCCACUACGGGGGCUUGACAGGGCUAAACAAAGCAGAGACGGCCGCCAAGCAUGGAGAGGCUCAAGUGAAGAUCUGGAGGCGCUCAUUCGAUAUCCCACCUCCUCCUAUGGAACCAGACCAUGACUACUACAGUAUCAUCAGCAAGGAUCGGCGCUAUGCAGACCUGAGUGAGGACCAGCUUCCUACCUGUGAGAGCCUUAAGGACACCAUCGCAAGAGCUCUGCCAUACUGGAACGAGGAGAUUGCACCUCAGAUCAAACAGGGAAAGAGGGUCCUUAUUGCUGCCCAUGGAAACAGUCUGAGGGGGAUUGUUAAGCACCUUGAGGGAAUGUCUGAUGAAGCCAUCAUGGAGCUGAACCUGCCAACGGGCAUCCCAAUCCUCUACGAGCUGGACAAGAACCUGAAGCCUGUGAAGCCAAUGCAGUUCCUGGGAGAUGAGGAGACUGUACGCAAAGCCAUGGAAGCCGUGGCUGCUCAAGGGAAGGCCAAGAAGUAAAGACACAGCAAAAGGCUGUCCCGAACAACUGACCACAUUAGUGUUUUCCUAAAUCCUCAUUUAUUUUGGAUUGUAGUACAUGAUGAGUACACUGUAGAUUGUUGUGCAACACACCCUUACUAUACUUGCACAGUGUAAGGAUAGUAGAUAGUGAAUUUUUGUGAUAUGUUAGGGCCAGGGGAGCCACAGCUCUCAAGAGAUUAGAAAAUGUUUCUGCUAUAACGACCCAUCAACAGGACAAUCUUUAAGAAGGCAGAAUUAAACUGAAAUUGCAAGAACUGCUAAAAAAUGCUGUGUCUUAUCUGUGUAUUUGAAUCAGUACUUGAAUAAAGUAAUUACCCUUUUAAUAAUGAAAACCUUGUCAUUUAAAACAAAAACCUAUAUUUUAGAAUUUCUUUGAUGUGGUGUCCUAGGCAGGGAGGUUAAAUUGUAAUUAAAGCAAUUACAGAAAAAAAGUGACCACCAGACUGAUUGUGGUGCGGGAGUUAUCAUACCAACUUUAUGAGUGCCUGCCCAAGACAACAAUACUAUUUAUUGUAUUUAUUAUAAUUACAUUUUCAGUCUUUCAUUGUUUAGUUUCAUGGUCUUAAUGAGAUUAUUUUUUAACAAAAGGGACCACUGCUUAGGAUGGAAAACUCACCUUCUGUCUUAAUUGAAAUGGAAUGAAUGUUUACAAUCUCUUGAGAGCAAGACCGCUAGGACAAUUAAAACGUCAUUUUCUCUGUUUGUCCUUAAACGGUAUUUGUGCCAUGUCCUUGUAUGUUGUUGGUGUCUACGUUUCAUUCAGUUUGGAAAAAUGUUAAUGGUGCCCAACUCUGCAUUGCUAUCAGAAUGGCAUUGUUUAAGGGACCAAUCCAUUAAUUGGAUUAUAGACCCCCACAUUUUUACAACACUAUUGAAGUAUGAUUAACAGAAGAUAAAUUGUCUAAAUGUAACCUUUAUUUUUGUUUCUGUUUGUCUGCCUUGGUGCCCGCUUUGUAUUUAUGUGCAUCCUACAGUAAAUGUGUACAGCAGGCUUCAGUGCGUUAUGUCUUACAAUAUUUACAUGUUUCCUUAUUUAAAUGUAAUUCAUUCUGAAAGUAAUAAAUAAAGGCUUCAAAUCUGAA